AUGGCCGAAGAGCUUACGCUACAGGCCGAACACGCGGCUUCUGAAGCAGAAUCGUUAGAUGAUUUGCGCCAAGUUCGUUCUAGAUUUCUUGGUAAGAAAGGUGUUUUAUCUCAACGUUUGAAGGAGCUAGGUUCUUUAGAGCCAGAGCAACGUAAGAUACAAGGUCAGCUUGUUCAUCAGCAAAAAAAAGCUAUCGAACAAAUUUUUAUAUCCCGAGAAGAUGAGCUUAAAUUAAGUCUUUAUCAAAAAAGGCUUGACCAGGAGCGUAUAGAUGUCACACUAAAAGGUCGUUAUAUUGCUCCUGGUGCAUUACAUCCUUUGGAAACAACAGUUAGAAUUGUUUUGGGUGUGCUGCAGAGAAUGGGUUUUGAAGUUGAAGAAGGGCCUGAAGUUGAGGACGCUUUUCAUAAUUUUGAUGCUCUAAACUUUCCUCCAGAUCAUCCUGCUAAAGAAAUGCAGGAUACAUUUUUUUUAGCAGAACCGUUUAAGGAUAAAUUUGGUGCACCGUCUCUACUGCGUACGCAUACAAGUCCUGUCCAGAUUCGUGCUAUGGAAGACCGAGAUCCUCCUUUAAAAAUUGUAGCUCCUGGUAAAGUCUAUCGUUGUGAUGCUGAUGUAACGCAUUCGCCAAUGUUCCAUCAAAUUGAAGGUUUUUGGGUUGAUAAACAUGUCACUUUUCGAGAUCUUAAAGGUAUUUUGACGGAGCUGAUUAAGGGGGUUUUUGGGGAAAGUAUUCCUGUUCGGUUUCGACCAAGUUUUUUCCCUUUUACUGAGCCCAGUGCUGAAGUUGAUAUGGGAUGGCAGAAUGGUUGGCUUGAAGUUUUAGGCUGUGGAAUGAUCCACCCGAAUGUUUUACGUGCUGUUGAUAUUGAUCCGAAUGUUUAUCAAGGUUUUGCAUUUGGACUUGGCGUCGAACGGUUUGCGAUGUUGCGAUACGGCAUUCCAGAUAUUCGUCUCUUUUACGAAUCUGACGUACGUUUUUUACGACAGCUUCAGGAUCCUCUUAUAAGAUGA